CGACACUCUCAUUAUAAAACACACACACCACAACUUUCAAUCAAAAAAUAAAAAAGAUAAAGCCAACACGCGAAAAAAACUAGGGUUCAUCAUCAUCUCACCACAACACACAACAAUGGCGGCGAUAGGCGGCCCCUCAGUAAUCCCGGCGAACAGAUCUCGCCGGUCCACCAUGGACGACGAGAAGCUCGUCUUCGAAACCAGCAAAGGCGUGGAGGCCAUCCUCAGCUUCGAUCACAUGGGAAUCAAAGACGAUUUGCUCCGCGGUAUCUACAAUUAUGGCUUCGACAAGCCUUCCGCUAUUCAGCAGCGUGCUGUGCAUCCGAUUAUCUCGGGGAGAGAUGUGAUUGCGCAGGCGCAGUCUGGGACGGGGAAGACUUCGAUGAUUGCGUUGACUGUUUGUCAGAUUGUCAAUACGAGCUCCACUGAGGUACAAGCUUUGAUAUUGUCACCUACAAGGGAGCUGGCGGCACAGACGGAACAAACAAUAAGGGCUAUUGGGAAUCACUUGAAUAUUAAAGCCCAUGCUUGCAUUGGUGGUAAAAGUGUGGGUGAAGAUAUCAGGAAGUUAGAAUCUGGUGUUCAAGUUGUCUCUGGUACUCCAGGAAGGGUUUGUGACAUGAUCAAGAGGAGAUCCUUACGGACAAGAGAUAUAAAGUUAUUGAUUCUUGAUGAAUCCGAUGAAAUGUUGAGUCGAGGGUUCAAGGAUCAGAUUUAUGAUGUUUAUAGAUAUCUUCCACCAGAGCUUCAGGUGGUUCUGAUUUCUGCAACUCUUCCUAAUGAGAUCUUGGAGAUCACUAGCAAGUUCAUGACAGACCCUGUCCGAAUUCUUGUGAAACGUGAUGAAUUGACCCUGGAAGGAAUCAAGCAAUUCUUUGUUGCGGUAGAAAGAGAGGAUUGGAAGUUUGAUACAUUAUGUGAUCUAUAUGAUACUCUCACCAUCACUCAGGCUGUUAUAUUUUGUAAUACAAAGCGAAAGGUGGAUUGGCUAACAAUGAAGAUGCGAGAAAAUAACUUUACAGUCUCAUCAAUGCACGGAGAUAUGCCUCAAAAGGAGCGAGAUGCGAUCAUGAAAGAAUUUAGGGAAGCUGCUACUCGUGUUCUAAUCACUACAGAUGUCUGGGCAAGGGGUCUGGAUGUUCAACAGGUAUCCUUGGUGAUUAAUUAUGAUCUUCCAAACAACCGAGAGCUUUAUAUUCAUCGAAUUGGUCGUUCUGGUCGUUUUGGACGCAAGGGUGUUGCUAUCAACUUUGUGAAGACCGAUGACAUCAAGAUACUGAGGGACAUAGAGCAAUAUUACAGUACGCAGAUUGAUGAGAUGCCAAUGAAUGUUGCUGAUUUGAUAUGACUUGUUAGUUUGUGAAGAAACUUUAAAGAAGUGGGUAUUGCUUGCUUGUUGAGUUGAAUCGUCAAACAAACUUUUAAAGUAUUGCAAGUUUGGUGAAAAUACGAUCGAGUGCUGAUUUGAUGUGUCCCAAACUCUGUGUGGCAUGAAGCUUUAGCCUAUGACUUCUCUGAGUGUAAAAUUCGAAGCUAUUAAGUGUAUGCUAUUUUUAAUUAAUUUCGUUGUUUUUAACUUGAAAAUUUGUGAAGUUGUAGAGAUUUCUAGCUAGGUUCCCUAA